UUUACUUGCAUAGUAAUGUUCGAGACGGGAGCAAUUAAUCUUAAACCAGAUUCAUUCCAUAAUAUCAUGGCUAUGUCUUCCGGUGAUGCAUCAUUCGUUGCUGUGACGCUACUUUGCAACCCAUAUGAACAUCCUGAGACAACGGAAUUAAAAAUAAUCGUUGGGACCGUGGGAAGAGCUCGUAUAUUACUACUAAUAAAUCCUAAGCAA